AUGCACGUGGAGUCCCCGCAGACGCGGGCGUGCGUGUCGUGCAUCCCCUCCCGCAGCAGCAGCACCAAGUGCGCCUACUGCUGCGGAACCCCCAAUGCGGAGUGCGACCUGGAGUGGUCCUGGGGCGCGGUCCUCGCCACGCUUUCCGUGUCGGCGGUGUUCGCGACCUGCUCAGGCAUCCUCGCCUUGGCGGAGAAACGACGAAAGCGCAAAGGGAUUUCUCUGGCGAGAGCGUGGUCGAUCCCGCAGGGGAUGCCCGUGCUUCGAGCAACGGUGACAGAUCUAUCGGACGCUGUCAGAGGAAGGGCGUCGAUCUGGAGCGCGGAAGGCUUGAACGGCGCUGAUGUUGGCGAUGAUGACCUGCUUGAGCACGUCGGGUUGUUGGAGGAGAUCCCGAACGACUCGAUAUACGGAGCGCUCGUGCAGCAGCGCGACUCCGACAUCCCCGUGGCCAAGUUGGCCGAGGACAACUGGGUCACGGCCAUGGCGUUUGCUGGCGGCCAACCCAACCCAGACUCCGACCCUGUCACGUACGGCAGCACCAGCACUACCACCGCCAGCACUAGCAGGCGCGAGGGAGCGGGUCCAGAGGGCCAAGAAGAAGAAGAACAUACUUGGUCGGUUUCGAGGUGGAGAUCCGCGCGUGCGACCGCGAGACAGGCGCGACGCCUCAACAGCAGCGGUGGUGGCAGUCGUAGCGGUAGAGCUGGUGACGGCGUUGUGUCGCCCGCUGACCCUACCACCUUGGCAUAUAUUAGUACGCCGGCGGCGGGUCCAACCCCCAGCGGAGGGGAAGGCGUAGCGAGGGGGCGGGCGAGUAGGUGGGAACCCCCACCGCCUGUUGCUGUCUUAGGUGACGACCUAGAGACGCCGGGGGGGCGGUAGGACGGAGGGCCGAGCUAGUGAGUAUCAACUGAGCACCGUGUAAGUUAUGGCCACAGUGUGUGUCGCACUGCAUGUAGAUAUUCAUAGUCUAGAUGGAGACGACACGGUUGAGAGUUGAUCUAGCAAGGUUUAGAGGUGAAGUUCAUUUGUGUGUCUCUUGGCCUGGGAUUUUGUUUUGUUGGCGUAGGACAGCAACAGCAGCGGUGGCAAAAUCACAGUGUAAGGACACCCAGAGCCAGUUUCUUUAGUCCAGUAAAUGCAUUUGGGAUUUGCUUGUGUAAUGUUUUUUUUUGUCAUUUUUGUUGAAAACAAAAACGAGCUUAGCUUUUUGUACAAACCGGUUCUCCAUCCGAGACAGCAACAUGAUCGAGUAGAAGGACACCGAGCCAGUUUCCAAAGGCCAACACGGGCGUUUGGGAUUUGCUGGUGUUUGUAGUUUUUUUGUUUCAAGAAACCGGUCGUCUGUCUGUUUUUAGAGACAAACGCUAGGUCAAAUCUAGAUCUAACCUCGAGUAGAGUGUGACCCCGUUCUUGCCAUCGGCGCUGGAAUCAGGAGAAAGACAAAAAAUGGGCUUCAGAUUUCCCAAAGGGCAAUGUAUAGACGGCCGUGUGGGCGCAAUUAGGUGCACCACUUAGAUACAACAGAUUCGCGAUUCGUGUGCAACGUCAAGCGUAGAAAUUACUACCCCGAGACCGACGGAGUAACGUUAGGUUGUGGCAAUGAUGUUUGUUGUGCUUGCUCGUCUCGCCUGCCUUGGAACUUGGCACAUGUAGUGUGUAGUGUGUGCGGAGAGUCGGGGGG